AAUAACCAAAAAGACGAAGAAGAAAUCAGGAAGUGACAUCAACCACUCUGCUGUGUCUGGAUACAAACCGGAGAUUCUCCAACAUGUUCUCCCCGCUCCACCGUCGUUAUGCCCGGAGGACGUGACUGUGCUGCAGCGAACCUUUCCGUCUGAGGUUCGGGGAAGAUGCCUCUGGCUCCUGCAAACCAGGCCCAGCUGAUCCGGUCCAGUCAGAAGGAUGAAUUCUACCGGAGCCUCCUGAGGAACAGCGCUAAUGAAGCCUGUCAGAGUGUCGCAGGAUCCAAACACUGGCUGGACUGGAGGAGGGAGGUAGAGCUGCUGUCAGACUUGGCUUACUAUGGUUUAACCACACUCUCAGGUUACCAGACUCUGGGCGAGGAGUAUGUGGGCAUCGUCCAGGUGGAUCCCUCCCGGCGGCAGAUCCCGUCCCGGGCCAGGCGCUGCCUCUUCGUCCUCUGUCACGCCUUUGUGCCGUACCUCCUGGAGAAGGCCCUGGUGUGUCUGGAGAACGAGCUGGAAGGCGGGCCGGAAACGCGGAGGCGCCAGGCGACGUCGGGGACCUGGAGCCUGGAGCGCUGGCUCAGGAGGGCGGCGCAGAGGGCGGUGGGGCUGCUGACGGAGCGGCAGAGGAAGGCCUGCCAGCCGGCCGUGUUUGUGAUCCAGCAGAGCGUGGCCCUGCUGCACCGACUCCAUGUUGCUCUGUUCUACGUCAGCAGCUCCUUCUACCACAUGUCCAAGAGAGCAGCUGGGAUCAGCUACUUGUGUGUGACGGGGCCGAACGCUGAUGACUCGUCCAUCAGGAGCAGCUACCGGCUGCUGGGUUGCGUGUCUUUCCUCCAGCUGCUCGUCACUCUGAGUCUGCAGCUCAACAACCUGAGGCAGAGGCAGAGAGCCAGGCAGGAGUGGCAGAUCUACAGGAGCCUCAGUCCUCGGCACCCAGCGAACUCCGCCUCCACGCCCCGAUCUGCACGCUGCAUCCUCUGCCUGGAGGCCCGCAGGAACUCCACCUGCACCCCCUGUGGACACCUGUUCUGCUGGGAGUGCAUCGCCGAGUGGUGCAACACCAAGGCCGAGUGUCCUUUGUGUCGGGAGAAGUUCCUGCCCCAUAGGCUGGUGUUUCUAAGGAACUACAGCUAGACGUCCAGCUGGAACACACACAGCUGGACUGAAUUUGUGUAUUCAGUCGUCAUGGAGACCAGAACCUUCCAGCCUGCUGAGAUUUAUCCGUCUGUCCUAAAGAGAACAGGAUAUGUUUGGAUUGUAUCAAUCAGAUGAUGUAAAUGUCAAUAUCUGGGAAUUCCAGAGGUGAUUUAAAUAUUUAACUUCAUCAGAUCAUUUCUUCUGGUAUGUUGUUUUGUUUGAAUAUUAUUUUAUGUGCUCAAUUUAUGCUGUGAGGAUGUGCUUACAGUCAUUAGUACUAUUUAGAAGAAAUACUGAAUGGAUGAUGAAACAAUAGUUUUUAGCUUGUUCUAUUUCUAAAGUGGAACUUUUUUGGAUCGGCUCUGCAGGAAGUUCAGGAAUGGACAGAAAAUUAUUCAUGAAAGAUUCUGAUAAAAAAAAAAUAUAUUUUUCUCUUUGACUAGCCAAUUAAAAACUAAACAUGUCACAAUCGAAAGGAAUCAUAAGGAGUUAGACGGAUUGUUCUUGUGGAAUAUUUUUAGCGUCAUAACGCUUCUGCUACAUUAAGGAUAAACUCAGAUAUUUUUUGUUUUUGUUGUAAAAAAAAACCUAAUAUUUCAUCUUCCUGUUCCACCUUGGAUGCUACAUGGAAAACUCCAUGCUGCAGUUUUUAAUUACCUUUAGAAAAUAAAAGUGAAAUUUAUUUUCUAAAAGUUUAGAUUCAAAUAAGAUUUUUUUCUUGUUGAAAAUCUUAAUUUGUAAGAGCAAUAUACUUUUUAAAUAAAUGAGCCUUGUACUAAUGUGAUUGAUUUAAAUAACAUUUUUACUAUUUUCAUGAAAUUUUGUUUUUAAUUCUCUGAUAGCAAUGAUGCUGACAUUGGCCACAAGUAUGCUAAAUAUGACUGUACCUGAAUUGAAUUUAAUACCUAUAGUUAAGUCUACAAUUAUACCACUGGGAGGCUUAGGAUUAAAGUAAUCUUUUCAUUUAAUCAAACUGCUCAGUAAUUAUAGCCUGAUUGCUGUUUUCACUGAUUUUUGAUAUUUUUUUUAACAUGUAAUUUUCAAUUAAAUGUCAAAACUUUUUUUUUUUUCUUGAGCUGAUCCUUAAUUUACGUUACAUUAUGUUUUGAGCGAUCCAAACAGAAACCUUGAAUGUGUUGGGAUAUGAAGGCGAAUAAUAAAUACAUUUUAAAAAAAAAACCUCUUUUGGGGCAAUAAAAUGGUAGCUGUUAAAUUGGCUUGACUUGCCCAUGAAAGUCAGUGUUUGGUUCUGGUCAGAUCCACAUGACCAUAUGUCUGAUGAUGUCGUCACACACACACACACACACCGGAGUCCCCAGUAACUUCUAACCCCAAUCAGAAAGCAUGUGAAUGAAAACAGGAGGCCAAAUUAAGUGCAGAGUAAUUCAUUGUCAAAUAGCAGAAAACAAUACACCAGUCACACAAUACAUACCAAGUAGUUUAAAUAUUGUACACUCAGCUUCCCAAAUCCCAUCAGCCCCGCUCAGACGCAACAUAUGUUACAUGCACACAUGAGCAACUUCUGCCAAAAA